ACAGAUUGCGAGGCGACCCCUCCUUCCUUCCCAAUCGUGAUCUCUCCACGGCGACGGCCAUCGGUGCUUCCCAACCGAUUUCUUCAUCUCCCUGCCGGGGAGUUACCUCUGUCUUGCUGCAUCCUACGCCGAAGGCGACUUUAUUCCACGGAUUUGGAGCUAACUCACACGCUUCAAUCACAGUUUUGCACUUUCGAGCUUCGGCGGGACGGAUGGCAUCGCUUCAAGAAAGUCUUGAAAAGUUCCAAAAGCAGCAAGAGAAAUGCCAGUCGACUCUCACCAGCCUUGCAGCUAAAGCAGGAUCAUCAAAGUCUGCAUCUUUAAAGCAUGUCUCGGCUGAUGCAAAGUCUCCAGCACCUCCGGUUAAGUUCUCAAAUGACACAGAAAGACUUCAGCAUAUAAACAGCAUAAGGAAAGGUCCUGUCGGAGCUCAAAUUAAACGUGUUAUUCAAUUGCUCUUUGAGUCAAGACACGCAUGGACGCCGAAUGAAAUAAAUGAAGCGUGUUAUGUGGACAUCAAUGCGAACAAAGCUGUCUUCGACAGUUUAAAGAACAAUCCUAAAGUGAGCUACGAUGGAAUGCACUUCUCGUACAAGUCGAAACAUGACGUGAAGGAUAAGAGCCAGCUUCUUGUCCUAAUUCGAAAAUUUCCUGAAGGCAUCGCCAUUAUUGAUCUCAAGGACGCAUACCCAACAGUGAUGGACGACUUACAGUCGUUGAAAGCUUCGGGCAAAAUCUGGCUAUUAUCGAACAUAGAUUCACAAGAAGAUAUUGCUUACCCAAAUGAUCCAAGAGCAGUUAUCAAGGUUGAUGAUGAAUUGAAGCAGUUAUUCCGAGGGAUCGAGCUCCCCCGCGACAUGCUUGACAUAGAAAAGGAUCUUCAGAAGAAUGGGAUGAAACCGGCUACCAACACUGCCAAGAGGAGGGCCAUGGCCAAUGUUCAUGGCAUCGCACCCAAGCCCAAGACGAAGAAGAAGAAGAACGAAAUCAGCAAGAGGACCAAGCUUACCAAUGCUCACCUUCCAGAACUCUUUCGGAAUCUCAAUGUCCCCGGCUUGUGAGUUCUUCAAGACCCGGUGAUGAUGCCUUAAUUCAUAUGUAAGUUAUGUAAUCUUACUGUUACACUCUAUUUAACAAAAGAUCGAUGUAACCACGAUCCUGUUGGAGAAGAUUGAUCAUCGAUCAAUGUGUUGUAGAACACCUACUUAAUUGUGGUUUUGUUGUCCCAAAUAUAAUGUAAAGAUCGGUAUCAUAUUUAUAUGAACAAA